AUGGGCAAGAUUGAGGCUGAACCUCAUAUCACUCACUUCAGCCACCCUCAUCCAUUAAACCUCAAAUCCAUCAACAUCUCCGAUCCAAACACAACCAAAUGCUCGGCCUGCCAGAAACCGGCCACGGGCCUCGUCUACAGAUGCGACUCCUGCAGCUACACCCUUCACAAUAUCUGCUCCGAGAUGCCCGAGAAACUCAACCACAAGGCUGACAAGAAGCACAGCCUGACCCUGCUCCCGGCCCCCGCCUACUCAACGGGAUCCUUCCACUGCAACGCGUGUGGCGUGGCUGGCACGAGCUUCUGCUAUCACUGCGGAGAGUGCGAGCUCGACUUACAUCCAGCGUGCGCUUUCACGCGCUCCUCGGUCAAGGGAGGGGCCCAUCACCACCCGCUCCAGCUCUGCUUCGAGCCUCCCUAUCCAGACAAGGCCUUCGUCUGCGACGUCUGCGGCGGAUCCGGGUCGAACCACUGGCUCUACCGGUGCGAGGAGUGUGGGUUCGACGCGCACCUCAAGUGUGGGAGAGCGGAUAAGGUGCGACAGCCUAAGAAGGAUCAUGAAAGGCCACAGCAGUAUUCUAGUUCGAGAAGUGUGAGCAGCCAACAAGGCGUUGCUGCUGUUGCAAGUCCAGCAGCGAUGUAUGAUCAGCAGUACCAUCAGCUGCAGAGAUAUAAUACAGCGCCGCCGGUGGUAUAUUACGUGCAGCAGCCGACGAGGAGGAACGAGACCGUGCGCAACGUUGUAAAUAGUGUGAUUGAAGGUUUAAUUGAAGGAGCGGCUAAUCAAUUAGGGCAGGCUUUGAUACAAGGUGCAAUGGGUAAUUGA